AUGAAAAGGUUUACCCUUAAGGGGGUCCUGGAUAAUUUACGCUCGUCUGUGAGCACUGCACCGAAAUCAGAAAACGAGAUAGAGGAAUCGCUACUGUCGCAGCAUUUUCAGAUUUGUAAGACUGUACGUUAUGGAUUUCCAUUCCAACCAACUGCUGUGGCAUUUGACCCAGUGCAACAUAUUUUGGCCAUCGGCACCAAAUCAGGAUCCCUAAGAAUUAUUGGACAAUCAGGUGUAGAUUGUCAAUGUGUACAUGAUGGAGAUGUAGCUGUUAAUCAAAUAUUAUUUCUCGCAAACGAGGGUGCUCUUGUAACUGUAUGUUCUGAUGACAGUCUCCAUUUAUGGAAUCUUCGACAAAAAAGACCAGAAAUUGUUCAUUCCUUGAAAUUCCAAAGAGAAAGAAUCACAUAUUGUCACCUACCAUUUCAAAGUAAAUGGUUGUAUAUAGGAACAGAACGUGGCAAUGUUCAUCUCGUUAAUAUAGAGUCUUUCAUACUUUCUGGUUAUGUUAUCAACUGGAACAAGGCUAUUGAAUUGUCUCGUAAAACCCAUCCUGGUCCUGUUGUUCAUCUUAGUGAUAAUCCUGUAGACCCAGGAAAGCUUUUAAUUGGAUUUGAAUCUGGUGCUGUUGUAUUAUGGGAUUUAAAAACUAAAGUUGCUGAGUUUCGAUAUCCCACACCAGAGGCUUUAAGGUCUACAGCCUGGCAUCAUGAAGGUAAACAGUUUAUGUGUAGUCAUUCUGAUGGCAGUCUCACUACCUGGAGUUGUAAAAUUCCUCAAAAACCUACCAAUGUUAUGUUACCACAUGGUAAAAUAGGAAAAGAUGGCAAACCAGAUCCUUGUAAACCAAUAUCUAAAGUUGACUGGAAAUCUAUAAGAAAUGGAACUGAAGGAUUGAUAAUAUUUUCGGGUGGUAUGUCAUAUGACAGAGCAGGUAGAACUCCCUGUAUUACUGUAAUGAAUGGAAAAUCUACUACUGUAUUAGAAAUGGAACAUAAUGUCGUUGAUUUUGUUGUUCUUUGUGAAACUCCUUGGGCAAAUGAUUUCCAAGAUCCCUAUGCUAUUGUUGUUCUGCUGCAAAAUGAUUUAGUUGUUGUUGAUCUCACCACACCAGGUUAUCCAUGUUUUGAAAAUCCAUAUCCUAUGGAUAUCCAUGAGUCACCUGUCACAGCCUGUCAGUAUUACGCCGACUGUCCCCCUGAUCUCAUUCCUGCAUUCUACUCAGUUGGCUCCAAAACUCAGAAAAAAAGUGGAUUUAGUGAAAAGCCUUGGCCUAUAAAAGGUGGUGAAUGGGGAACAACAACUUGUAGUUAUCCAGAAAUUAUCAUAACAGGGCAUGCUGAUGGUUCACUAAAAUUUUGGGAUGCCUCAGCAGUGACGUUACAAGUUCUUUAUAAGCUAAAAACUGCCAAAAUGUUUGAAAGACCAAAACGUACUGGGGACGUACAAGAUGAAGAUCCUUUCGCUAUUCAGAUGAUUUAUUUAUGUUUAGAGAGUCGAAUGAUGUGUGUUGCCGGGGCAACGCAUGUUAUGUUAUGCAAAUUCUGUAAACAAGAAAGUACCAUAGAUAUUCCAAUGAUAGAAGUAUCUAUAGUGUAUGAGAUUAAUGAUGAGAUAGAUUCUCCAGAUUGUGACUAUCCUAGACCUAGUCUAAGUGUAGUGGCUGCUAGUCAACAGAGUGGUAGUGUCGGCUCACAUUCCAGCAGUACUUCCGAUACUAAAGGAUCUUCGGAUCAACAAACAUUAGUACGAGUGAAAGGGGGAGGUAGAAAAUGGUGUGCCGGUUAUCAUCCAGAUUUUGUUUGUGUUUUAACAUUUGUUGAUGGUGAACCACCAGGCAGUAUUACAAGCCUCUCACUUAAUUCAUCUUAUGGUUUAAUGUCAUUUGGUAAUGAAAGUGGUAUAGCUAUUAUAGAUAUAUUACAGAAAUCAUGUUUAUUAAAUUUAGGUACCCCAGAUUUAUAUGGUUCAAUGGAUCCGUAUCAGAGGGCACCACGUUCUCCUAGAAAUAAAGCUCCUAAUACAAUUAUAAAUUCUGAUGAUUAUCGAAAUGAUGGGUCUUCGUUUUCAAGAUCGCGCAGUUCAAGUAUGUCUAGUAUAGAAAAUGUAUCAAAAGAGGCCAUACAAUGUUUAGUAUUCGCUGAUUCUUAUACUCGUAAAACAGAUAAUUUUACAUGUCCAUGUUUAUAUGUUGGUACAAGUCUUGGAUCUGUUAUAGUUAUAGUUUUAAAUUUACCUCCACCAGGAGACCAACGCUUAACACAACCAGUUAUAGUUUCACCUAGUGGUACAAUAUUUCGAUUAAAAGGGGCCAUUUUAGCAAUGUCAUUCCUAGAUUGUAAUGGAGUUUUAAUACCGUCACAGUCUGAACAAUGGAAAGAAACGUCAGGGAAAGAAGCUCGAGAAUUAACUAGAGAUGAAAGAGCUCUUAAAUUUAGACAAAUGUCUGUAUCUAGUAAACAAAGAAUAUCACCCACAUCUUCAACAGAAAUGAGUGACAGACAAUUUGGUAUUAUUUGUUCUGAAAAACAAGCAAGGGUCAUGUCUUUACCUUCCCAAACUUGUGCUUAUAAAACCCAGAUAACAGAAACAUCUUUUGUUGUUCGUGCUGAAGUUGUUUCUGUUAGAGAAAGUGUAUGUUUAAUGAGUUAUGUAGCUAAUGGUAGAAUAAUGGCUCAUAGUUUACCCAGUUUAAAACCUUUACUUCAUGUUUGUCUUCUAUCUUAUUACAAUCAUAUAACUUGUUAUUUGUCUUGUAUUCCUUACUUGGUGGCUCGCACAUUUUGUUUUAGUAAUAGUGGUCAUGCCUUAUAUUUGUGUUCCCCUACUGAAAUACAGAAAAUAACUUAUUCUUCUGAGAUAUGUGAAAAUUUAAAUGAAAUGUUAGGAGAUUUAUUUUUACCAUGUGAAACCCCUGAAGCACCAAAACAGAGUUUUUUUAAGAAUUUAUUUGGUGGAACGACAGGUACAUUAGAUAGAGAAGAACUCUUUGGAGAAGCUAGUGGUAAAGCAUCUAAAGGUUUAGCUAAACAUAUACCAGGGUCUGGAGGAAUGGCUCAUCUUAAAGCUGAAAGUCAGGGUAUUGCUGGAGAUUUAGCUCGUACAAGAUUGGCUCUAAAUGAAAGAGGAGAGAGAAUAGGAGAGCUAGAUGAUAGAUCAGCUCAGAUGAUGGCACAAGCAGAAAGUUUUGCUCAAGCAGCCCAUCAAGUAAUGAUGAAAUACAAGGAUAAAAAAUGGUACCAAUUUUAA